AUGGGUGCACCUUCGAAGUUUUCGAGCGUGCAUGAUGCUGCGCAAUAUGUUAAUGACGAGCUACACCGUAGGUCGCUUUUGCCUGCAUCUCGCAAGCUUCAGUUUCCAAGUCUCGAUGAAGCAGCGUUGAAACCACACUCGAACCGCAUCAACAACGACAAGCUGACCAUAAACACCGUGCACAAACUGCUAAAAAGAUUAGAUGCGCUGGAAUCACUUAAUGUGCCGGUACAAAGUUUAGAAGAUACUACAUCGAUGCUGAGGAUUCCAAUUGAGAAUCAGCCAAGGUUGGUCGCAGAGAAAAAAAUUGUGAAACCUUCGCUUCAACAACGUCAUCAACAGGUUUCUGCACGCCGUUCAGAAGUUAUGUUGGAGCAAUUAAGAGCAAGACUGAAACAGGAGGGUCCCGAUUUGACAUGGUCGACCCGUCCCAUACCGGAGGCUGUUGAUGUGACGAAUCAAAAGGAAAGCAGUGACUGUAUCACUUUACAACUCCGAAACCUGGCAUCACAUAAGGCUACAUCGUCUGCUGCUUUGAAGCAACUGAUAGGUUUUUUGCACGAAUGUAACGGGUAUCUGUACACGCGAUGCGUGCAUAAUUACGAGUGUCAGGUUCCAGACAAAAUUGAGCUAGAUCUUACUACGGGAGAGAGCUCGGUUGAUCCAGAACUGCGAGGCUCCCUCGAUAAACUACAAGAACUAAUAAACGAUUGGCACGAUAUUGCAGAGCUACUGAAGGGUAAAACAGAGGGGUGA